CGCUCGGCGUGGAACCGACCCCUCCUCUUCUCCUCCUCCUCCCUCCUCCACCUAAACGCCGCCUUCACCGUUAAACGACACCUCCUCGGUCCUCCUCUUCAUUUCUCAUUUUUUCCGUCACCGUUUUAAUCUCCGUCUUCCCAAACCCCUUCACUUUCCAUUUUCCAUUUUACGAUUUUCCAACUCAGCUCUACUACUCUUUCCUCAAAUCCCCCACGGUCUUCUCGUUUAUACAAACUCUUUGCUUUGUUUAUAAAAACCAAAACCCAAAUUUGUGCUCAUAGAUUUUGCGUCCUUCUCACUACCUCCCCCCCCCCUGAAUCGGAGCUCUUGCCAUUUUCAGGUAAGGAAUGAAAGGAGGGUUGAAUGGAUUGAAGGGUAGACAAAUCUCGCUUGUUACUAUAGUGUUAAUGUCGACAACUAUUCUUAUGUGGGCAUGGCUGAAAACCCCGCUUCUUACUUCCUUGGUUCCUGUCGAAACACGGCUGCAGGUGUCUCCAGAACUGAGGGAUGUUGUUGUAGAUAGGUCGGAACAAGAGCUGCAUGUAGGCAAGGGUGUAGCGGCAUUAGCAGGGAGGGAUGCCCGGGAAGAAGAGUCUGGUGUGGAGUUGGAAACUCCACUAGAUUCCGGACAGGACUCUCAUAAAAGCGAUGGGAUCAGUAGUGAGCGAGUGAGAAAUGGUGUUGAGGACAAGGGGAUUAUUCUAACAUCAAACAAAGUUUCCAGUAUAGUUGGUGAAGAAGCGUCAAAGGUAGAAGAGAGGACGUCAGUUGAUAGAGAACACAAUGAAAAAGCAGAAGAAAAGAAUUCAGACCUACAAAAACCAACAGAUCUUUCUUAUACAAAUAUCUCUGAUGGUGGAAACCGCGAGGAUAAAUUAUCUACUCAUUUGGAAAAUCCAGGUUGCAAUUAUGCAAAAGGAAAAUGGGUUGUAGGUGAUAAGCAGCCAGUAUAUUCUGGGUUUGGAUGUAAGCAGUGGCUGUCAGGGAUGUGGGCUUGCCGGUUGACACAGCGCACAGAUUUUGCCUAUGAGAUGCUACGAUGGCAGCCGAAAGACUGUCAAAUGGAAGAAUUUGAAGGAUCUAAGUUCUUAAAAAGGAUGCAAGACAAAACCCUAGCUUUUGUUGGAGAUUCAUUGGGUCGACAGCAGUUCCAAUCUCUAAUGUGCAUGGUUACAGGUGGGAAUGAGAGGAAUGAUGUCAUAGAUGUGGGAAUGGAGUAUGGGAUAGCCCAAGCACGUGGCGAUGCCCGCCCUAGUGGGUGGGCUUUUCGGUUCCCAAGAACUAACACUACCAUCCUCUAUUACUGGUCCGCAAGCCUCUGUGAUGUACAGCCUGUUAAUCCAGCAGACCCAGCCACUGAUUAUGCCAUGCACCUUGAUCGACCCCCAGCAUUCUUGGUCCAAUAUCUUCACAAAUUUGAUGUUGUGGUCCUCAAUACAGGGCACCACUGGAAUCGUGGGAAGCUCAAAGCUAACCGCUGGGUAAUGUAUGUUGGAGGAGAGCCAAACAAGGACAGGAAGAUAGCGAUGAUUUGGAAGGCCAAGAAUUUGACAGUCCACAGUGUUGUUAAUUGGGUGAACUCACAGCUCCCAAAAUAUCCAGGUCUCAAAGUAUUUUACCGAUCCAUCUCGCCUAGGCAUUUUGUUGGUGGGGACUGGAAUACAGGAGGAAGCUGUGACAACACCAAGCCCAUGUCAGUAGGAAAGGAAGUAUUGCAAGAUGAGUCCAGUGAUGAAUCUGCUGCGGGCGCAGUAAAGGGAACAGGGGUUAAGCUCCUGGACAUAACAGCUCUAUCACAGCUACGGGAUGAGGGUCAUAUCUCUCGGUUCAGAAUGACAGCCAAACCGGGCAUGCAAGAUUGUCUGCAUUGGUGCCUACCUGGUGUUCCUGAUACAUGGAAUGAAAUUCUGUUUAACCAAAUCUAGCCCCCAUGCCGAUGAGGUGUGUAUCCAAUACCUCAGAAGGGUUCUGUGGGUCAGGUAGAUGGCCAGAAGCCUGUGCUUUCUCGACAGCUUUAACUCCUACAAAUGAUGCAAGAUCAAUGAAGGGGAUACUCCACCUACAGAGUUCUACAUAGAAGUUAGAUGCUGACUUUCAGUUGAGAAGUUACGCACUGUGAACCCUCCAUGAUCCCUUCAGUUUUGGAGGUUCUAUUUAACCAUUGGUUGGGGAUCUUCUGCCUGAGACCCUGACUAGGUUAAAUGUUGGAUUAAUAGAGGAUAGUAUGCCGAAAGAGAUUGCCUUUAUACGGUGGUUAGAGGAGAGGACUAGUUCACUUGUGACUUGUUCAAAUAUGUACCCCCAUAG